GAAAGUGAGCUCGCCUCCAUAAUCAUGUCUGGCCUCAUUCGACCUUCGGGGCAAAGCCACCGCCCUCCUCCACAGGAAUACAGAAUCUUGGCUUCUGACUCCUCACAGCUGAGUGAAGAUGACCUCCCUGGUGACUUGCAGUCCCUGUCUUGGCUGACAUCCGUUGAUGUACCUCGGUUGCAACAGAUGGCCAGUGAAAGAAUGGAUUUGGGAAUAAUCUCCCAGAAUGCUGUGCUGCAACAAACUGGUUCCAUGGCAGCAACUAUGAACCCUCCAGGGACUCCUGGAACCAUGAUUCACAUCCAGGCCAGCCUGCCUCAAAGCAUUCUGGGAAUGAACACCGUUUCAUCGCAUGAGACAAAUAUGAGCCAGUAUGUGGUCGCGGGGCAGUUGUCUCCUGGUCUGCAAUCACAGCAAACCCCUCUCUUUCCUCCUCCCCCUCACCACGUGCAGCAGGUGUUCACUAUCACUCAACAUGCACAACAGUGUCCUCCAGCGACAAUAUACGGCACAUCUUAUGGGACGCAGCCUCAGUAUUCCCAGCCCCGCCUUGCUCCCCAUAGUGUCCAAGAACAGCAGCAGGCAAAGCAUUAUCCAAAGCCCAUAUACUCCUACAGCUGUUUGAUUGCCAUGGCACUGAAAAACAGCCAGACAGGCAGCCUGCCCGUCAGCGAGAUCUACAGCUUCAUGAAGGAGCACUUCCCCUAUUUCAAGACAGCGCCCGACGGCUGGAAGAAUUCCGUCCGUCACAACCUGUCCCUGAACAAAUGUUUUGAGAAGGUGGAGAAUAAGCUGAGUGGGACUUCUCGCAAAGGCUGCCUGUGGGCACUGAACCCUGCCAAGAUAGGCAAGAUGGAGGAGGAAAUGCAGAAGUGGAAGAGGAAAGAUCUGGCCUCCAUUCACAGGAGCAUGGCAAAUCCAGCGGAGCUGGACAAGCUUAUCACAGACAGACCUGAGAACUGCAGGAGGACAAGCAAGCAGUCUGAGGUGGACCACGUGGCAGCAGCCCCAGGGGGCAUUUUGCAGCUGCAGCCACAGCCUGUCAUGACACUCUCCCUGCAGUCCAUCCCGCUGCAUCACCAGAUCCAGACACAGGCAUGCAUGACACCAGGUUCACCGGCUCCUGCGCAGACCCCUCCUCUGCAACCCAUGCACAACGUUAACCAUAGCCCCCUCCCUCAGCAUCCAAUGAGCAGAGCCCCAGAUUUCCUCAGCGUGAUGACUGACAUGAAUGCAGAGGUUGAUGCCCUUGACCCCAGCAUCAUGGACUUUGCACUACAAGGUAAUAUUUGGGAAGAGAUGAAAGAUGAGAGCUUCAGCUUAGAGAGCCUGGGUGCCUUCGGAAACUCCUCUCUCACUCUCUCUGACUGUGACCUUGUCCCAUCUGGCCUCACCUCCAUCUCCGGCAGCGGUGAUCAUUCCUCCUUCUCAGACUUACAAGUGACAGGCCUCUAUACAACCUACACGACCCUGGACACUGUCUCCGCAGCACAGUACAUGAGCGCCCAAGGGAACAAGCCAAUUGCCUUGCUCUGAAGAGCCAGUUCAUUUCUCUAGCCAGCUACCCAGAAUCACUCAAGCCUCUUCCUUCACUUCUAGACUCUGAGAAAUAGCGAGCACCAGUUCGUUUUAGGUGCCACUUCAAGCAUGCAAAAUUAUUUAAAAACAGGGCUGGAGAAGACAACAUGAACGAAAGGAUCCUAGUGAACUUCCAAGGCAUGUUUAAAAAACCCAAACUCCUAAGAAUCUGAUGUGAUCAGACAGACACACACCAGUUUUUGCCACCCGCUUCGCUGAAAGUGGUGUGCUUUGCUGUUUCAUCAAGAGCUCCAAAGCCUUUUAUGUUCCUUUCAUUCUCCUGAACUACUGACUUCAUCCUAGAGAAUAAAGUGCUGGGUUGCUCUGUGGUCUUAGUGUGCUGUUGCUACAGCAGCAAUCCCAGCCGUGCACAGAGAGCCCCUCUAACUCAAGAGAAAGAACUGGGUACCCUCCGUCCACAGGGAGCUGCAUGAGAGCACUGGAACGCAUGUGGAGUGGAUCAAGGAAACUGACCGGUUUUUAAUGGGCAACACACUUUUUUUCACACCAUUUUCAUUAAUUUAUAGAGGUUGGGACAGUGAAGGAGAGCAGGACCGCCUUCAAAACAGCAAAAUCAAAAGGGGCUGAAAGUGUGUAAUCAGAAAACUGGCUGGCUGAAAUCCAGAUGCAAAAUUCAGCCGGUCCACCAAUACUUGGAUGUUUUUAUCCACUUAGGGUUACUAUGUCAUUAGUAACUGGAAGAAUUUGAUGUAUGCAUCUAGUAGCAACCCUAGCCGCUGCCCCGCUCCACUCUAGGAUCUGGUGGUGGUUCCGCCCCAGUCCUAUGUCUCCAAUGCUUACAUUUUCCCGAUUUUCAGGCCACUGGCUACAUUGUGUUUCCAUUAGCGACCGUCUCUUGACCAGCGUUUCUCUCCCUCUUAAGCGGUGUUAAGCAAAAGGGCUAUUGUUCUCUCCCUUCCCUUAUCACAUAUCAUCCACUUACCCUUCCUGCAGGUUCCUCUUUUCUCAACUUUGCACCCUUCCUUUGGCCAUGUUGCCUCCCAGCUCCCUUUCCUUUAACUUUCCUGCCUCCUGUUCCCACUCUUUAACCAUCCCUUGGGGCAGGUUUUAGUCCCAGCCAAACUGUCAGCUUCCACUCCCCUCACAGUAGCUGGAUUGCAAAUGGUGCUCCUUGUGCAACUGAACAUGCCAGGGUAUUAGACCAGUUCAGACAAUUGGUAGCAGAGGCUUCAGGACCACAAGGGCAAUCAAAGGGGUGUUUUACAUAUCACAAUCCAAAAUGGGAUAACGUACUAAAUCAGCCUUUGCCACAUUGAUGUCCUCCAGAUGUUUUGGGUUACAACUCUCAUCAGUCCCUGGCAGCACAGCUGUGUUGGCCAGGGCUGAUGGGAAACUGGAGGGCAUCAAUCUGGCAAAGGCUGUACUAAAUGAAGAACUUUACACUGGAUAAAUACUAGGAUUAACAGGCUUAUUUUAAACAUUUUGAACAAAAGUAAUUUAGGA